GGAUUGGCUAGUCCCCCCACCAGUAGCUCCUGGGCUGGUGCUCAUAGCUGGCGCCUUACCAUUGGUGCAUCAAAGUGGGUCCCAUCACGCCUAUCGAGUUUAUGAUGUAGCAAGACGAGACACAUUUACAAAUCUUGCGGAUAUAAGGGCUAAGGAAAUCGAUCUCUACUCAACUAAUCAAGAUUGCAUCAAGAUGCUUGUUGGAAACAAAGUUGAUAAGGUAAUUCCUGCAAAGGUUUACAACAACCAUACCUCCAUUCUCAGAGGACUUUUCAACGCAGGGUGGCCUCAGAACUUCUAUGUUGAAAGUGGAAGGGUUGUCACGAAGAAAGAGGGAAUUGAUUUUGCUUGGGAGUAUGGAUGUCUUUUCCUUGAAUGUAGUGCAAAAACUCGAAUUAAUGUACAGCAGUGUUUUGAAGAGCUUGUUUUAAAGGAACCUGCAUCAGAGAUACAUGACAAGAUUUUAUUUAUGUUUAAUAAUAUUUCAGCUUCAAAUAUGGAUGUGAAAGCAAAAGAAUUUACUGAUGUCCUGAAAGAGCAGUACUAUCCAUGGUUUGCUCAGUAUAUAGUGAUGAAAAGAGCAAGCAUUGAGCCAAAAUUUCAUGAGCUGUACUUGAAGUUCUUGGAGAAAGUUAAUUCAAGAAUGCUGAAUAAGGAGAUUGUCAAAGCUACUUAUGAGAAUUGCAAGGUGCCUUAGCAAAACUUUUUUGUUACCCCUGGUUGUCAUUGUCACCAUACACUUUUUCCAAUCUCCCAUAGACACAGACGAAUGAGAUCCAGCCAGAGCUUCUACAAGGGAUUUUCAAGUGCUUGGAAUGCAGUUUUGUCAUCAGGAACGUCGAACAACAAUUCAAAUACACUGAGGUGCUUUCGACUCUUUUAAAAAAACCAACCAUCCACUCUUUUUUUCAACUUCCACAAAAAAAGUGUGGCUGUAAGCACGCCAAUGACUGCUAAAUAUUUUUGAGGAAGACAGUUGCACAAUAACUGAAUAAAAAUUUCUGCAACUAGCCAUAAGGAGGUGGUGGUAGUGGUAGUGGUGGUGGUGUUGGGCCAAUUCAACCCCUUCUUGUAAAAGUUGAUCAUAUCAGAUAAAUGUGACAACACAUUGCUCAAUGUAAUAUUUUGGUAACAUAGCCGAUCAUGCUUCUGGUUGUUUCGGUUCUCGUGUUUAAGCAGCCGCCUUGGCUUUAGACUUCUUUCCUUUCAUCUCUGGCGCUGGGCUGUUCUGGAAGGGAAGGAAGGCAGUACCCAUGAAGGGUUGUAAAGGUGCCGAAAUCUCAAUGCCAUCUUCCUUUUGGUAAUUUUCAAGAAUACAGCAAAUGGUCCUUUCUGUUGCUGUGAGGGUAGAGUUCAACAAAUGACUGCCAGUUUUUUCUUUCUUUUGUGGAAUAUUGUGGAGUCCACCUG